GGACGACUUCGACCACUCAAUGGCCUCCGACUCUUCACUCAGCCCCGAGCGGGUGGUCAAGAGGCUCAAGACGGGGCGCGCGACCAACACUACGAGCCCGACUGCACCCAUCGUUGCUCCUCCUCGGGUCGUUCGUGGGUUCCCCCGGCAGUGGUCCCCAUCGACAACGUCCGUCCAGCCCAAGCGGCCCGCCACCGUCGCGGCCACCCCUCAGCCGAGAGGCGCGGCGCUGAAGCGCAAACGCGAGGAAGAGCAAGCGGAUGGGGAGCUCUCCGAGCCUCGCUCCUCUCCCUCCCGGCGCAAGGUUUCGGACCGUGGCCGGGCGCCGAAGAAACCUAAGACGGCCCCCUUCGAACAGCGGCGCCCGACGGCGGCGACGACGGAGCACUGGGCGCAUCAGAAGUGGAAUGACCGUCUGAAGAACAAGGAUACCGGCGUGCGGAUGCGGGUCAUCUCGACCGACAUGGAGCUGCUCACGGGCCGGAAGCAGACGAAGGCUCAGCGCCCUCGGGCGGCGUAGGUGCGGCGGUUUGGUGGUGGUGGUGGGGUCUGCGACUGCGGGUCUGGUCGUAGAUCUCGGUAUGUGGUCUUGGUGGUUGCGGUGUCAGUUUCGGCUUUCUGGUUUGCGUCUGUCACGGAUUUGUGGUUUCGUGUUCGGACUGUGCCUCGGACUUGGAUUGUGGACAUUGGACUCGGCUUGUGGACUUGGACUGGGGACAUGGACCUGGAUUAGGACUGGAUAUGUGGCGUGGACUUGUUUGCUCUCAUCUCUGGUUUUACAGGUCUAGGACAUCGGCACCGGGACGUGCUACUCUGCUACAUGAGCUGGUGCGGGUUCGGCGGCCUUCACCCGCUCGGACUAGCAUGGGCCGUCCAACGAAGCUCAGCAAGUUACGAGCUUCGAUCCAAGUGCGCUCUUGGCGGAGGGCGGAUCAAGUACCCUGAUGACCGCUCCUUGCGCUGCUGGGCGUUCUGGGGGGGAAUCUUGUCCUCCCUGGGUGCUCGAGGCUUCGUGCCUCUCGGCGUGCGAGGAGAAGCCGGCAUCGGGCGAACGGUCCGCCCUUGGGCGCGCUGCCGUGGCCUCGGCAACGAGGCUGCGUUACACCAAUUUUUUUUCCUCUGGCGCCUCCUUGUGAGACCAUUGCCUCCCUCUUCUUUUUCACGUUUGAGUCGAGCGAUUGCUCGUUCGUCGUCUUCGGACUCGCGGCGGGUCGUUAAGCGAGGUCUGUGGAGUUUCUUGAUAGCGGUGUGUCACUGCGUGCAUGGAGGUGGCGACACAGCCUUCAAGUCUGACUGGGUCAAACGGGUCUACCGGGGCGGCCAAGAUCUCCAGAACUGGGUCCUGUAGGGACCCGUCUUGGACAGAGGUGGCCUUAUCCCGCGAACAGAGAUGGGCGGUGCUAGCAGUCGAAACGGCGUACUUCAUAUGCAAGUUACGCUGCGAGCGCGUGAUCCAAAAGGAGGGUCAGGGAAGGAAGUGACAAACCGGCGGCAUAAAAACAUGGAAAGAAGGAUGAGGCUGGACUGCCUACCCACGGCAAAGGCUUUUCGGGAAGC